AUGGCGGAAGAACGAGAACAGCAAAGACCUCUACGAAAUCUGCUUGAAAACGUGUACACAGUGCAUAGAAAUGACAUCAAGACGUAUGCCAGCGGACAUUUGAACCCAAGUAAACUAUUGAAAUCAGAAGAUGAAAGGCAUAAAGCGUGGGAAAGCUCAAAUAAGCCCCCAAUUCGUUUGAAGCAGCCAUCUCAGCUGGUGAACCUCCCCACUCACAGAGGCAUGUCUGAGGGGGAGACUAAAGCAACACGGAUGAGGGAUAUGCUGAUUGAGUUUAGUUUAGGUCCUGUGGGCAGCACACUCGGUGCAAUAGGACCACAAGUCAUUGCCAGAGAUGAUGAAGAUGGCAUCUCUCCCAAACCUGAUGAAAUGGAGCUGAAGACGAAGCCAAUCAAUGUUGAGGAGCUAAGGUUACCUGAAAUUAUGGUUCCAGUUGCUCAUAAAGGCAAACAAGGAAAGGAAGGCGGGUACCAAUCCACGUUUGUGGAGAGUUAUCUUGCUCAAUCCACAAAGGCUGAUCAAUUUGCCAGCUUUAAGGACUUUGAGGAGAACGUAAUCAACCUUGGACAUGCUAAUGAUAGAGGGGUCCUAACGGGUGAAAAGAUGGCAAGAACAUUAGGAAGAAAGCUUAACAAGAAACUUAACGCACUUGAUUCAUCAAGUCAAAGGGGGCCUAAUUUCCAUAAGCUCCAAAUCUUCACUGACGUUUGGCAAGACAUUAUAAAUCAGUCUGACACAUUUGGAGAUGUGCUUCAGAAAAUAAAGGAUGAGUAUGACAACUACAUGUCCUACCUCCUGGAUGCCCAGCGUCCGUCUCAGCACAGAAUGCUCUACCGCCACCUGGAGAGCCUGACGCAGGACCAGGCGACCACGGCAGAGUUAAAAAAGGAGCAAGAGCGUGUCAAGAGGCUGGAGACCCAGGCAAGGCAACUCCUGUGUGAAAAUGCAAGGUUGAGAGAGAUUCUUAGAGAAGAAGAAAAUCUUGCCUUGGAGGAGAUUGAAAGUGUCCCCAAAGAGCCACAAUCAAAGGGGUACAUACAUGUGGAGGAAGUCCCUAAAGACUUGGAGGAGCAGAUCAAUGAUCUGCAUGCCCAGAUCUUGGGUCGGCUAGAUGCCAUUGAGGGGCUGAAGAAGUACCAGCAUGAGCACUGCGUCCCAAUCUCCGUCUGCCACCAUCUUGAACAGUGCAUCAAAGAAACAGAGGUUGACAUACAGAAAACAAUAAAAAACAACGAGUUCUUGGAGAAAUCUAUAGAGGAUUUGGAAAUAGAACUUUCAGAAUUGCUAGAGAAGUCAGGAUCCAAGGAAAGCGAUUCAAGGAAAUUAUGGAAAAAGAUUAAUAAUCUGGAAGUGAUCAAAUUUGGGAAAGAGCAAGAAAAGAAACUGUGAAGGAAACUAAAGAAACAUAGUACCUCAAGUUGAUUAUACAUAGGUCGAACCCAAGAGGUGCACACCGACUAGUUCUCCUAAAAAAGUCACAUGAUUGGCAAGAAAAUAAAUUUUAGCCUUACGGAAAAAAAUGGGUGUGGUCAACAGAUCCAAGAGUGGCUGAAGGGGAGGUGUCAUAUGGAAAAUAAAAAAUGAUUUAAUUUGAUGAUACUUUUAAAGAGAUUACCCUUUUAAAGCAGCCAAAGGGGUGUGUAUGCAUCUGCCUUUGAGAGAGUAGACAUAGUGAUGUGCAUAAUUGAGAUUUCAUAGUUGAGAUUCCAACCCUAGACUUGCACCCAUUGUAAAAAUUAAAGCUAUAUUCUCAAUCACACAGCUUGAGACAUAUUAAGUGAUAACAGACCUACAGUAAGGGAUAGGGCGACCAUGCCUAUGACUUUUUUAGGGUGUGUCCACCAGGGGGAGUACUGUUAUGUUGGUCAAAUCCUUGUAACUUUCCAAGGGAUGAGGAACAUUGAGAUUGUUACAUUAUUUAUUCAGUGGCCUUUUGUUUUGGUUCUCUUUUAUUGUUUUUCAGGGAAAUAGAAUUGUACAUUCUCUUCUGUAUGAUACUGUAAAUAUGGUAAAGUAUAACUUUCAGGUUAAAAAAAUCUUUUUUUAGAACAUACUUAUAUAAAUAAAAAUAAAAACAUUCUAAAGAA